UUAGUUUCAGUCUACCAGACCCAUGUUGUCAGUGUGAAACAGUUGACAAGUCAGAGGCGGCAAAACUAUUUUUUGAAAUGAAUUGGAAAACUGAUGAGAAAUAUUAAAGUUAAAACAUAAAGGAAAUAACUCUUUUCUGAUACUGUACUUACUCUAUACUGUGCAUUGUUCUUAUAAAUAGUAAUUCAUGCUAUUGAAAUAUGUGUGGACGAACCGGUUUAUCCCUUAGUAGGGAGCAGAUCCAGUGUGCUUGUGGCUACAAACCUAAAGAUAGUAAUGUAUUCGUUAAACCAGAAUGGCUCCCUGAACAUAAUGAUGGUAAAGAGUAUGCCCCUUCCUACAACAUAGCACCAACAGAUGUUACACCGGUAUUAAUCUCAGCUUCUAAGUUCAAACAUACUUCCAAAACAAAUAGAGCAAUUAAGCCUAUGAUGUGGGGAAUCAUACCACCAUGGCAUAAGGGUGACUACAAAAACCACAAUCUCAGUACUAACAACUGUCGCAUUGAGAACAUAAAGAGCUCAAAGCUUUACAGCCCUAUAUUAUCUGGUGGAGGCAGGUGCAUCAUCAUUGCGGAGGGAUUCUAUGAAUGGCAAACAACUGUAAAGAGUAAAGUUAGACAGCCAUUUUAUAUCUAUGCACCUCAAGAUGACAAUAUAAAGGCUGAUGAUCCUACUUCAUGGAAAAAUGAAUUCACAGAGGAGGAAGGUUGGAAAGGAAUCAAGUUACUGCACAUGGCAGGAUUGUACCAUGCAUGGCAAAAUGAUGGUACAAUAAUCUACUCCUAUUCUGUCAUCACAAUGGAUUCUAAUCACACUUUAGACUGGUUGCACCACAGGAUGCCUGCUAUUUUGGAUAGCCAAGAACAAAUAGAGGCUUGGCUAGACAUUGACAAUGUGGAUGCAGAUGUGGCUCUUUCUUACUUAAAACCUGUCAAGUUACUGGCUUGGCAUCAAGUAUCUACAGCUGUGAACAACUCGAGAAAUAAAUCUGAUAAUUUGAAUAGAAGAUUUGAGAGUAAAAUCACACAGAAACCCCUUACAGCUUUCUUUGCAAAGUCAGAAAAGAGAAAAUCUAAUGAAGAAACAAGUGAUAGUAGUAAGAAAAUGAAAAAGAAAUAAUAUUUUGGGGUGAAAAAUGAGAUUGCAAGAACUUAGCGAUUUUUUAAUGCUUAAAGUCUAAUAAAGAAACUAGAGGGUAGUUAGAGAACAAUGUUAUUGAUUAACCAAGAGGUUAGUAACAAAAUGAAA